AUGAAAAGGCGCUCCAUCGAGGUGAAGAAGUCCGUCCCCGUCUCCUGUCUGGAGUGUCGGCGCCGCAAGAUCAAAUGCGACCGCGGGGUGGUUUGUAAGAGCUGCGAGCGCAAAAAGCUCACCUGCGAGUACCCAGAAACCUUUAGAUCGAUUAAAAUUUCGCCACCGGAACCAAAAUUGGGAAUCGUGGAGGAGGAGGAAAAAGAGAUGUCCGACGUGGAGAGGCUGCGCAAGCACAACAACAAGCUGGCCAGCCACAUUUUCGAGCUCGAGAAGAAGGUUGUAGAGCGGGCCGAUUCCGCACCCAGCUACAUCUCGGUGCCUUGUUUCGACGAGAGUCACAUGACACUGGUCACGAGCAGGCCCGUGGAGUUGCCGAAGUUACUAGACGACAGCGUGCUGAACGUGCAUCUGUUGAACCACCUGGUGUCUUGUUUUUUCGACCUCAAGCAGCACGCGUAUUUUGAGCUCGACAGGGACGAGCUGCUGGCGCAGCUGAAGAGCCUGGACGCGUCGUUCCAGAGCAUGGAGGUGGUGAUGCUGAUCUGUGCUAUAGGUCUGGUCACGCUGGACUACAGUUACGACCCCAAGCACAGGCGUCUUGUCGACUUCGACGCCACCGUCGACAGGCCCGUGAUGGUGUCGUUGCUGCUCGCCAAGAUCAGGGACUAUCGCCAGCUAACGAAAUACUCUCGCGGCAAAACCAAGUUCAUGGCUCUGUGGCUGUACAUGGAGACCCGAUUUGCUGAGCGCGACGAGCGGCUCUCAAUUUCCACCGAGGUGUUCACCACGUACUCGCACCACCCGGAGGUCGCUUCCUUGCUCCGGAAAUUCGAUAAUCUCUACGUGCUAAAGUGUCUGGUGAUGGACAUGCAUCCGAUCAUGUCGCAGUGUUUUGAGCAGAUGAAGACGUUGGGCGAGAAAUUCAGUCCGCAGACGUACAUGGAGGCGGAGCAGACCAACCCGGCGGACGACUUCAUGUCGCUUGUUGUGCGCGUUUUGGACUCCAGGCUCAGUUUGAGAAAGGACAACUACCUGAUCAUGGAGGUGCUAUUCAAAAUCCAGAAAAAAGAGUACGAUAUUCUGCACCUGAAAGAAAAAAGAAAAUUCGACCUCGACAACUACGACCAGAUCAACUCGAUGCUGGUGUCGCAAAUGAAGGUGUUGAUGGUGCUGCACUACUGCGGCCUGAAACUCAGGUUUUUCCAGAAACCGUCCGAUUACCAGCUGGAGUCGAUGGUCAAGCUGCUCAACCACAUACUGGAAAUGACCAUCUGGAGCGACCUCGAGUCGUGCACAAAGGAGUGUCUGCCUGUGCGCAACUACGUGGUGAUGAUUCUGGGCAGCAUGCUCAGCAUGUUCAACUCGAUGUUGUACCACAGGAACAUCAACACCAAAAUGCUGAAGCUGAUCCUGGCCAAAUUCGAGGCCGUCUCGUGCUACCAUUUUGUCGACACCGACUUGCUGGACAUCGUGGCCGCCAAGGUCAACAUGCUGGCCUCCGAGAAGAAUGUCGACUCCAGCACACCGUUCCUGUACGGCUCGGAGGUUCUUCUCCGCGAAAAAAUCGAGGUUUCCAAGUUGCAAGUCAGACCGGGCACUGGUGUUCUGCCGGUCGCCAAUAAUUUUGCGCUGGACUUUUCGCGGAACGAGACCACCACGUUCGCAAGGUUCCUGAGCGAGGACGAAAACGGCACCUACGAGGACCAGGCCGAGUCGCCGUCGUCGCUUGGGGACAACGGCGAGUUCACAGACACGGUCGAAAAAGAGUUUGCAACCAUUUCAACUCAGGACCAAAUCUACACGGACUACUGGCUGGGAACUCCUUCCGAAAUCGGCAAGUCGCUGGACGUGACCGACCUGACGAUGACGGCGCCGUCGUCCAGCAAAACGUCCAGCUUUUUCGCGUCGGAGCUGGAGCCCUUCCCCGUGAGCGAGUCGCUGAGAAAGCCGGUGAUGGAGCUCAACGGCUACUAUCAGUUUAUGGAUGUUGAGUGA